UCAGUUAUUCUCUGGAUCUAUGAUUAUGCUAUAGUAUGGUACAGCGUUGUUAGGAAAUUCUUCGAUCAGAGAAGCCUAAUCACUCAUAGAAAAAGGAAAAAAAUGGAAACGAUAUUGGAACAACAACGACGAUAUCAUGAAGAAAGAGAACGAUUGAUGGAUGCGAUGGUGAAAGAGAUGUUACACAAAAAAGCGGGCCAUCGUGAAAAUAUCAAUUCGGAACAUCGUCUAAAAAUGUUAUUGGAUCAAUUUAUGGAUAGUACAAUGCAUUUGCAAGAUUUAUAUGAAGAUAAAGAUGGACAAAGGAAAGAGGAAGUUCAAGCACUCUCUGGUCCAAAUGAAUUCUCAGAAUUUUAUUCGCGUUUAAAGUCGAUAAAAGAAUUUUAUCGUCGACAUCCUAAUGAAAUUAGUGUUCCUAUGUCUGUCGAAUUUGAGGAAUUAGCUAAGAUGAGAGAAAACCCAACAGAAGAAUUAUCUAAUCUUGUCGAAUUUACAGAUGAAGAAGGUUAUGGAAAAUAUCUUGAUCUUCAUGAGUGUUACCAAAAAUACAUCAAUCUUAAAGGAAUAGAAAUAGAUUACAUUACUUACCUAUCAACUUUUGAUCAUCUAUUUGACAUUCCUAGAGAAAGAAAGAAUGCAGAGUAUCAAAGAUAUGUUGAGUCUUUAUUAGGAUAUUUGACAGAUUAUCUGAACAGAGUGAGACCUCUGCUUGAUAUAAGUACAGAGAUUGGAGAAGCUAAUAAGGAUUUUCAAACUCAUUGGGAGAAGAACACAUUUCCUGGUUGGCCCAAGGAAGCUGGAAGCGCUCUGACUCAUGUAGGAGCCCAUUUAGAAUUAUCUGCAUUCUCAUCAUGGGAAGAAUUAGCAUCUCUUGGUUUAGACAGAUUGAAAUCAGCCUUGAUGGCUUUAGGACUCAAAUGCGGAGGUACGCUCGAGGAACGGGCGCAAAGACUUUUCAGUACAAAAGGCGAAGCCUCUUUGGAUCCCAACUUAUUAGCAAAGAAUCGAAAGGGAAAAUCAGCUAAGAACAGAGAUUCCGAGAAGCAAAAGGAAAUUGCACGACUCGAAGCUCACGCGUAUAGACUCGCCGAAUUAAUAUCUAGUCAACGAGUAGCUACAAAGGAAAAUGUGCAGAAACAAGCAAGAACCGAGGGCGAAAGAGGCGAUUCUGAUGCAGAAGCAAGUGCGAGCGAAUCAGAGGAAGAAGAUGACAAUGAGGUGCCAUAUAAUCAAAAUUUACCCUUAGGCUGGGACGGGAAACCCAUACCUUACUGGUUGUAUAAAUUGCAUGGUCUAAACAUCAGUUACAAUUGUGAAAUUUGUGGGAAUUUCACAUACAAAGGUCCAAAAGCAUUCCAGAGACACUUCGCGGAAUGGAGGCAUGCUCACGGCAUGCGUUGUCUUGGUAUUCCAAAUACGGCACACUUCGCCAAUGUCACUCAGAUUGAAGAUGCUCUUGCUUUGUGGGAAAAACUCAAAGCACAGAAACAAGCUGAACGUUGGCAACCAGAACAGGAAGAAGAAUUUGAAGAUUCGCUUGGCAAUGUAGUCAAUCGCAAAACAUAUGAAGAUCUUAAGAGACAAGGCCUGCUAUAAAGUAUACAUCAAAAUUAUAUUUCAUUAUAAUGUUUAUUGUAAUGUUCAUGCAUAAGUUCGCCAAUUUAUAACCUUUUUUUUUUCAUUCGUGUUUUUCCCAAUAAAACAUUUUUCCAAUUA